UCUCUCUCUCUCUCUCUCUCUCUCUCUCUCUCUCUCUCUCACAGAAAAACAGGAUAUGGGUAUGGGUAUGGGAAAGGAGAAGCCCAGAAAGAUAUGGAGAGGACUGAAGACUCUCUUCUUUCUACUAAGCAUGUUUGCUUCUUUCCUUCUCUUCUCAGCCCCUCUUCUCAUUGUUUUAGCUGAUGCCCUUCUCCCUUCUGCUUUCUUCACUGCCUUUCUCUCUCCUUUCUCCUUUCAAUCUCUCUCUUCUCAUUUUCAACACUACGAUUUCUGGACGUCCAUCAUCGAUGUCCCACUCAUCUCCAUCGCCAGAUCCAUCAUCAUAAUCUGCGUAUAUUGCAUGUGUGAUGGGCCCCGUCGUUCUCGUGGACCCUACAUGGGAGUAACAACGCUGUGCUCUUUGCUAUCGGUGGUAGCUGUUUCUCUAAAGGCAUGGGUUUAUGUGGCAAGGAUCAACGGACAGGGUGCGACAUUAAAUCUCCAACACCAUGAUCUAACGGUGCAGGAGUCGUGGGCCAUCCAUGCCAUGUUCAUGUGCUCGCUAUUAUUAGCGGUGGGCCACAUCGUAGUUGCCUACAGGACCAGCUGUCGCGAAAGACGGAAGCUCCUCAUCUACAGAAUCGAUCUAGAAGCGGUCUCGGCUUGCAACAAAGGCUUCCCUACGUACCACAAGAUCCUACACCAUGCUAGAGCAAUGUAAAACAGACUCAAAUGUGGUCAUUUGGAAGUGGGUCCCACCGUAUGGCCACGAUCUAGGUUUCAGAGGCAUCUCACCCGUUCAUGAACUGUGUGUUGUGUCCCCAACUUCAAGAGAGACUAAACUGGCAACACCCAAGUACAUAGAUACAGUCUUAAGGCGUGUUUGGAUGUACCAGCAAACCCCAAAUGACAAGUGAGAUACAUGUGCUAGCCUAGCUUAUGGUGUGGACCCACAGAACCAGGAACUUCCAUAGUCUUAAAUGUACGAUGGAGAUUUCUUGAUCGUGCAAGACACUGGGAGUGGGCCUUUUUUUUUGUUUUUUUUACUUAUGUAUGAUUGAAAGCGUGUAUAGCUAUGAGAGAUGUGCACCAAACGCACAUCAUUCAUGUAAAUGUGAAGAGACUGUAAAGCUGAGAAUUCCUUGAGAUUCCUACGAAAAGAAAAUCUUUUCGUUCAA